UUGUAGAUAUAUUGCUCUAUAUUGCUUUAUUUCUGUAAACUCAUACGGUGUUAGAUGUAUGCAAGUGAUCCACAUCUGUGUGUCAUAACCACUGGGCUGAAAAUGAUAUCUGAGCAGAGAUCAGGCAUGUUUGCAGUGUUGACUAAAACAUUGUGUUUGUCUUGUCCCGCUGGUGCUGUUAUGAAAAGGAAGCUGAGCAGUGUGGUGUUUUGUUUGUUUUCUAUUCACGAGCGGUGGUGUGGAGUGAAUGAAAAGUGUGAGUGCCUGAGCGGCUGCUUCGCCGCGCUCUGAUUGGUCCAUUAAAGCUCGGCUGCGCCCCUAAAAUAAAAGAAAGCUGAGGGAGCCUAUUGGCGCGCGCGAGCCUCCCUCCUGCACCGUGCGCCAAAAAGUUGUCCACUUAAACUACUACUCGAGCUCUGCGCACACUUUGUCAUCAAAACCUGCCGGACCUUUGCAGAAAACACUGCGAAGAAAUUAAGUAACCUUUGUCCACUUAAAGAGAGUUAAGGAGUUGCUCCCCCUCCUUCCUCACUCCAGCACUCGACAUUAGGUUGGCAGUUGUGAUUUUUCCUCAUGCCCCUCUCCACAAAUCAGGAGAAGCGUUAAUCCUUUUUUUCUCUUUUUUUCUUCUUCUUCUUCUUCUUCUUUUUUUUUUUUUUUUUUUUUUUUUUUUUUUUUUUUUUUUUAAUAAACAAAAUCAGUUUAGGAGUUUUAAAAUUCAUUCCGCGCUUUGGUUGGAUAACAGUUUUUUUGUUGUUGUUGCUGUUUUGUUUUGCUUUUGAUUCGGAUCUCCUGUCUACAAAACAGCACUGAUCAUCGAGUGUGGACACCAGUUUUUGAAUAUCGGCCUGUACUGCGCCUCCUAAAUAUAACCAGAAUGUCGUCUUUACCGGGAUCAGUACCUCGGAUGAUGAGGCCAGCACCAGGACAGAACUAUCCCCGCACCGGCUUCCCCUUAGAAGUAUCUACUCCUUUGGGUCAAGGGCGUGUGAAUCAGCUUGGCGGGGUUUUUAUUAACGGCAGGCCUUUGCCUAAUCAUAUCCGACAUAAGAUCGUGGAAAUGGCGCAUCACGGAAUUCGGCCGUGCGUGAUCUCGCGCCAGCUGCGGGUCUCCCACGGCUGCGUGUCCAAAAUCCUGUGCAGGUAUCAGGAGACAGGAUCCAUCCGCCCUGGAGCUAUAGGGGGGAGUAAACCCAGGCAGGUGGCAACGCCGGACGUGGAGAAAAGAAUCGAGGAGUACAAGCGCGAGAAUCCCGGCAUGUUCAGCUGGGAAAUACGCGACAAACUGCUGAAGGACGGGGUGUGUGACAGAAGCACAGUUCCUUCAGGUGAGGCCUCACCUGUGAGCUCGAUAAGCCGAGUGCUUCGCGCCCGAUUUGGCAGGAAAGAAGAUGAAGACGAUUGCGAUAAAAAAGAUGAAAGUGGGGAGAAGAAAACAAAACACAGCAUUGAUGGCAUACUCGGUGACAAAGGGAGUCGUGUAGAUGAAGGCUCAGAUGUGGAUUCGGAGCCAGACUUGCCGCUGAAGAGGAAGCAGAGACGCAGUCGAACCACAUUCACCGCUGAGCAGCUGGAGGAGCUGGAGAAGGCCUUCGAAAGGACACACUACCCUGACAUCUACACCCGAGAGGAGCUGGCUCAGAGGACUAAACUCACAGAGGCUCGAGUACAGGUGUGGUUUAGCAAUAGACGAGCCAGAUGGCGCAAACAAGCCGGAGCCAAUCAGCUUGCCGCAUUCAACCACCUGUUACCAGGAGGUUUUCCAGCAACAGGCAUGCCCACUCUGCCUACAUACCAGCUCCCUGAGCCCAGCUACCCCGCUACCACACUAUCACAGGAUGGCAGUAGCACAUUGCACCGGCCACAGCCUUUGCCCCCCUCCACCAUGCAUCAGGGCAGCCUCUCGAGUGACAGCAGCUCCGCCUACGGCCUCUCGUCCAACCGGCACAGCUUUUCCAGCUACACUGACACUUUCAUGAGCCAGUCAGCAUCCAGCAACCCCAUGAACCCCGUCAACAAUGGCCUCUCUCCACAGGUUAUGAGCAUCCUGAGUAACCCAAGCGCCAUGGCUCCUCAGCCGCAGCACGACUUCUCCAUCUCGCCCUUGCACACCGGACUUGAGGCUUCCAACCCUAUCUCAGGAAGCUGCAGUCAGCGCUCAGAGCCCAUGAAGACAGUAGAAAGCCUGGCUUCAUCUCAGUCCUACUGCCCUCCUACCUACAGCUCCACCAGCUACAGUGUGGACCCUGUCACAGCUGGCUACCAGUACAGCCAGUAUGGCCAGACUGCUGUGGACUACCUGGCUAAGAACGUCAGCUUGUCCACACAAAGGAGGAUGAAGCUUGGGGAACACUCGGCCGUCUUGGGACUGCUACAAGUGGAGACGGGCCAGGCAUAUUGACAGACUCGUCCUCUGGAACAUCACUUCUCUUUUUCACCAGCAUCCCUCCAUCCACUGGGCUGUGCGAGAGAAAAAAGAAGUAGCGAAAUUCAUAGACAGUCUUAGACCCCUAACCUAUGGCUGAGUGAAUACAAAAGCCAUUUAAUAAACAGACACUAUAGUGCCGCUUCUCAUCUCUCUCCUUGUCCAUCCCCUUUCUCGUCCCCUACUCUCGUCAUUUCCACAAAGAGACUCUUUCAGGAUUUUGGAGAAGAAAGCAAGCAUCACAGCAGUCAAUGUUGACACAUAGGCCACAGUUCCAUUUGGACAUGGUUUGGACCAUGUUAAUGUUUAAUAGGAUUUAAAAUGAUGGUAUUACAUUUAUAUUUGAUAUAAUGAUUGUGGUUGUUUCUAUUACUGUUGCAGCUAUUAUUGUUAGAACAUUUUGUUUACAUCUUUUUUUUGUCUUUUUUGGUUUCUCAGCCAGUUUCUAACACACCAUACAAAGAGAGGCUGGUAGUAGUUCAAGUUGCCCUCAUUACAUGAUUUUUGACCUUUUAACUUUGACGUUCAGAUAGAUCUGGACCUGUCAGUGGGGUGUAUGGCUCAGCAAAGUCUUCUGGGAGGGUCUGGCCAAUAAGGACUCCAGGAGUUUUGAAUCCUUGCCCCUUUAUUCCCACAUGGAUUAUCCACUGGGAAAAGCAACAACAGUUAGAAAUGAAAACGGUCCUAAAGCGACCCCUUGAUGUACAUCAUGGGCAAGUUUUAGAGAGAGACAUUUAUCAGUAUUAUUUGUGGUAUUUUUUUUUUAUGCAGUAAGAUAAUAUUGCAUUCCUGAAGCAUUAAA